AUGAACGCUCUUAAUGACGUGACAGUUGGCGUGCUGGCGGCCGCAGCAGCGUCCCUUGCUGCCGUCGCGUCUGCAGCAGCUCUGGGUGUGCACCGCAUUAAGCGCCAGCGUGACGAGCCGGAGGAAGAGGAGUCUGUAGCUUCGCAAGCACGUAAGAAACAGCGUCGGAAGAAGAGCUCUACAGCUAUCGAGCAUCCGGUGAUUGUAGCCAAUGGCGUAGCUGUCAAUAUGGAGCCAGUUGUUGCUGAACUCAAGCGCCGUGCCGCGUCGAUCAAGUGGCGCCACAAAAUCGUGUACACUUUUCUGGACGAUCUGGGGCGCGAGACUGUCAACUUAAGCUUUGACGAUGUCGAUAAAGCCGCGCGUAAAGUUGCUGCAGCACUGCAGCGCACUGCACAAGCUGUGAAGGGAGACCGCGUGAUGCUGUGCUAUCCUCCAGGAUUGGACUUUGCCUUAGCUUUCUGGGGCUGUCUGUAUGCUGGUGUCGUGGGGAUCCCAGUGUACCCUCCGUAUCCUGGCACGUUGGCCAAAGAUUUGCCAAAAUUUAAUCGCCUCGUUGAAGACUCGGGUGCUGCUAUUGUACUGACUAACACGACGUAUCAUCUUGCAAGCAAGAUGGCUACAGUGAAAGGCUAUUUCUCUGCAGCCAAGACAUCGUGGCCGGCCCACCUGCAGUGGCUCACUACUGACAGUCUGCCGGACUCGCUCGUCGCGCAAUACGAUGAGGAAGAUGCACUAUCGCUGACGCACAAUGACGUUGCGUUUUUUCAGUACAGCUCGGGCUCCACUUCGGCUCCAAAGGCUGUUAUGAUCUCACAUGGCAACUUGAAAGCGCAGCUCAAGACGUGGGAAAGUAUUGAACCGACGGAUGUCAUGGUGAGCUGGCUGCCGAGCUAUCAUGACAUGGGUUUGGUUGGAUUUAUUAUUACACCGUGCGUCACGGGUGCGAGAUGUGUAAGUAUGUCGCCAAUCAGCUUUAUCAAGGACCCAUCGCUUUGGAUGAGCACAGCUAGCAAGUAUAAAGCUACGCACGUGUGUGCACCGAACUUUGGCUUCGCGCUUGCGGCUAGAAAGACGAGUGACAAGCAGGCAGCGGCUAUGGAUUUGAGUCGACUCAAGCAUACCAUUUGCGCAGCUGAGCCAAUUCGUCGGGAGUCGUUGGAAGCAUUUGCAUCUAAGUUUAAAGCUGCUGGCUUUGACAUUGACACGUUUAAUUGUGGCUAUGGGUUGGCAGAAGUGACUUUGGUGUGCACUGGUCAAGAUCCACCUCAGAAGCCAACGCUACUGGAUGUUAAUAAGCGCGUGCUGGAGACACAGCACCGAGUUGUUGUGGUGGGCAGUAAAAAAGGAAAUAGUCGCACCGCCACGGGUGUUAUACAAUUUGUAGGCUGCGGGAAAGCCAUGCCGACAUUCACAAUAUUGAUUGUGAACCCGAGUACGAAAGAACUGCUUGACGAGAUGGAGGUUGGCGAGAUCUGGGUGCAGGGACCGUCAGUAGCCGUUGGCUAUUGGAAUCGCCCUGGCAGCACCAGGGAGAUGUUCUGUGCACAGCUUGCUGGCACGAAAAGCUCAAAUGACACGUAUUUGCGAUCUGGUGAUAUGGGGUUUCUUUGUAAGGGUGAGCUCUUUGUGACCGGUCGUCUAAAGGAUUUGAUAAUUAUACGAGGCCGCAACGUGUGCCCGCAGGAUGUUGAAGCAUCUGUCGAAAACUCUCACCCCCAUGUUCGUCCGGGCUGCACCGCUGCUUUUUCUAUCGAAAAAGAUGACGAGGAGGCGCUUGUGGUUGUUGCAGAGGUGAGAAAUGGGUGCUCGCAACAAAUGCUUGAGGCAGUUUGCCGUGAAAUUGUCAAGACGGUACUUACGGAGCAUCAGUUGAAAUGUGAAGGUAUUGUACUGCUUCGACAAAAGACAAUACCGAAGACCACAAGCGGUAAAAUUCAGCGCAGCGCCUCAAGGACGCAGUACCUAGAUGGCACACUCGCUAAGCCCCUUUUCGAGUUCAAGGCGAAAGCAAGCCGCACAAACGCCUCGUCCGCCCCAGUAACAGCAGAGGCCGUAAAAGAAGUGGUGUCAUCUGGACAGCUGAAGACGCCUGAUGAGAUUCUUGCUUGGUUGCUGGAGAAUGUGGCGCAGGAGACUAAAGUGGUGGCAACAAAUGAUGCUGGAUCAAUGGCGAGCGAUUCUAUCAACAUUGACCCUAACACUCCUUGGGCCAUGUUUGGAAUGGAUUCGGUGGCAAUCGUUGGUUUGUCGUCGGAUUUGGGAGAGUUCCUUGGGUGCAUCGUUUCCCCCUCUGCAUUCUUUCAGUACGACACCCCAUUUAAGCUCGCAAAUGCCCCUGGGUUGGCCUCUGGUGACUUAGCUGACGGUCAAAUAGAUGACAGCGUAGAUGGUGUGGGAUCGCUGCAGCCUGCUGCGACAGUGGAAGAGAUUGACGAGAGUUCCUUUGAAAUCGAAAAAUUCCCAGAGGUUCAACUACUUCUUGGACAAAUGAAGCAGUUUGAAGAAGCAGGACUGCGUGUGCCUUUUUUGGAGACUCUUACGCCCGAAAAACGUCGCAUGACGAAUUAUAACACGUACAAUUAUUUGGGCAAUGCCUCGGAUCCUGAAGUAGCGGCGGCCUCAAAGGAUGGAAUUGAUCAAUACGGCACGACGAUGAGCUCGUCUCCCAUAGUUGGUCAGACGCAAGUGAACGUUGACUUGGAGAAGGCACUCAGUACCUUUUUCAACGCCGAGGCUAGUAUUUUGUUCGUCGGUGGGUGGGUGGCCAACGUCACAACUAUCGAUGCGCUAGUAUCAAAGGGCGAUUUGAUUUUGUGCGAUGCGCUCAACCACGACUCGUGUGUUAACGGACAACGCCUCAGCGGCGCCACCAUCCUACCGUUCCCACACAAUGAUACGAAAGCGCUUGAGCGUAUGCUGUCGAAGCUGCGUACAAAGUACCGUCGUGUGCUCAUCGUGAUUGAGGGUAUUUACAGCAUGGACGGCGAUAUACCGGACGUGCACGAGAUGAUUCGCAUAAAAAAGAAGUACAAGGCGUUGCUGUUCCUCGACGAAGCGCACUCUUUUGGAACUAUGGGGGCUACGGGGCGCGGCAUUUGCGAACAUUUAGAUGUCGACCCGAAAGACGUUGACGUGCGCAUGGGCACCAUGAGCAAGGCUCUGGGAUCAGUUGGCGGCUUUAUUUUUGGCUCGCAUACACUGACCGAGUAUCUUAAGCACUGCGCCGGUGGUUUUGUGUUUUCGGUUGGCUUAGCCCCGGCGUGUGGCUCAGCCGCAUUGCGGUCCAUCCAGUUGAUGACGGAAAACCCGUCGCGGACGAUUACGUUGCAGGAGCGUAGCAAGAAAUUCUACGACUUGUGCAAGAUGCACAUGAUCCCGAUGGGCGAGAAUACCUUUCGUGGUGCACCAGUGGUCGUGGUGAUGAUUGGCAGUACCAUAGCGACGGCCAAGGCUUCCGAGUUCUUAGCCACGUACGGGAUCAACGUGAAGCCUAUCGUGUAUCCGGCCGUUGAGGAGGGCAAGUGUCGUUUGCGCUUUUUUAUUUCGGCGCUGCAUACACCGAAGCAGCUGGAAGACACUGUACUUACACUAAAAACCUAUCUUUGCAGAGAUACUAAAGACGGCGCUAAGGCUGCUGUGGUGGUAGCUGCUCCUAUUGCUAAUGGAACCUCGACAAAUCGCGAUGGUCUAGCAGGUGAAGAUGUUGGCUUUCAGAAGGUAACGAAGCGCACCGCGAAGAAAAAGAGGUCGUAG